AUGGUAGCAGAGGACAUCAUCUCCCAGAGGUACGAUGAUAUCGUCAAGAGCCCGUCAGAUCAGAGAGAGUAUCGGGGACUUGAACUCACAAAUGGCCUCCGAGUACUACUGGUAUCGGAUCCCACUACAGAUAAAUCUGCCGCUGCAAUGGAUGUUAAUGUCGGAAGUCUCAUGGAUCCGUGGGAGUUGCAAGGGCUGGCGCACUUCUGCGAGCACAUGCUGUUUCUUGGUACUGAUAAAUAUCCGAAAGAGAACGAACUUCGACAGUGUAAGUCAUGUAAACUAAAGUUGGAUCAGUUCAUUCUCGGGAACGGUGGAAAGCGGAACGCUGAAACAAAAUCAGACCACACGAAUUACUAUUUCGAUAUAAAGCCGGACGCAAUGAAGGGAGGCACUCGACCGCUUCGCGCAGUUCUUUCUGACUCCGAAAUUCACCUGCCAGCAUGA